AUGGCGUGUGAAAAUGGAUCCCAGGUGACAGAAUUCAUCUUACUUGGUAUUACAAGAAAUCUGGACAUGCAUUUCAGACUGUUCAUUAUUUUCUCCCUAACAUAUAUUAUGACAUUGACAGGAAACCUCCUGCUAAUUCUCCUUACAAAAGUAGAUCCUGACCUGAAAACUCCUAUGUACCAUUUCCUUUGCAACCUUUCUAUGCUUGAUAUUUGUUUUACGUCAGUUACUGUUCCAAAGAUGUUAGCUGACCUGCUAGUUACUGAUAAUACAAUUUCUUACGUUGGCUGUUUUUUUCAAUUAUACUUUUUUCAUUUUUUGGGAAGCUCUGAAUGUUUUUUGUUGGCCAUAAUGAGUUAUGAUCGUUAUGUGGCCAUAUGUCACCCUCUGAGAUACUCCCAAAUUAUGAACAUGAACAUUUGUUUUCAUUUGUCAUUGGCUUGUUGGGUUAGUGGUGUUUUCUUCUCAUUUGCUCACACUUUUCUUACAGUUAGUCUCUUUUUUUGUGAUUCCAACCAAAUUAACCAUUUCUUUUGUGAUAUCCCCCCACUUCUACAUUUGUCCUCAACAGACACAUAUAGAAACAUUUUAGAAAUAUUUAUAUUUGGAGGUGCAGUUGCUGGAGGAUGUUUCAUGCUCACAUUGAUUUCCUAUAUCCACAUUAUAUUGUCUAUCAUAAAAAUACGUUCAGCCAAAGGAAAACGUAAAGCCUUUUCUACUUGUACGUCCCAUCUCAUAGUGGUUUCAAUCUUCUUUGGUACAAUUCUUUUCAUGUAUUUGAGGCCCAAAUCUGAAUAUUCAAUGGAACAUGACAAAUUGCUCUGUGUUUUAUAUAACAUUCUUACUCCUGCAUUAAACCCUGUAAUUUAUAGUUUUCGAAACAAAGAAGUGAAAAAAGCUUUGAAAAGACUGAUCCAUAAGAAUAGAAUUCUUACUUUUUAUCAUAGUUUCAGUUAA